GUUUGAUAGCGAGCUGAGCUCCUACACCUUCCAUCGACUGUCGUGCCUGUUCCCGUUCCUCUCCUACUACUGCUGGCCACUUUCUAGACUUUGCUUGUCAUUGACACCACCUCCAGCAGCCCGUCUGCUGUCCAUCCACGCUUCACCAUCAUUGAUAGUACGCAGAUGACGUGUCGAUAGCACAGAUUCGCCGACAGCACGCUUGGACAGGGAGCUAUACCGCUCGGCAUAGCGGUCAGUCAGCGACAUGCUCACACCUCACCUGCAGCAGAGCAUCGCCUCUGCGAGACCUCGGUCCAUGUCUACCAGCGCGCUCCGGUCGUCCACGUCCACCCUUGCCCGCCCAGGCACGACUUCCAUUCAAGCCCGCAGCUUGUGGUGGCGACGACCUUGUGACUACACCUCGCAGAUCGAUCCAAUGUAUCACCGAAUGACUCGCUAUCGCACACUAAAGACACGAGCCAAGAUGCUAGAUAAACUCCGCAGACGAGGUCGAUGGGACUGGGACUUGUUACAGCGUCCUUUCCUCACGCCGAAGCACAUCAGAUGGGCAAGCCACGUUGGCAGACCCAGAUGGGCCCCCGAGCAAGAGCAGGACAAGCAAAAUCAUAAAGCCCAGGCUCGGAAAUCAGCCGAGGACGAUGGCAUCGAGUUGAGCCAACGCGAGAGACAAUGGAAGGAACACAUGGAGGCAUUGCGGAAACGCAUAAACGAAGACCCAUAUGAGGCAGUCUUUGGCCGGCGCUUCGAACCGUUCUGGAAUUCACUUGUACCAAGCUGGAUGAAAGAAGAAAUGGGUAUGAAGGACGCUUCUCGGUCAAAGGAUCCUUCCGAGGCCAAAGCCAAUCCAAGCACAACCCCGAGCCGUCCACAGAAGGUAGAUCCAAGUCAAGUAUCCUAUAGACCACUAGAACCGGAGACAAAGAGGCAAGUCCAUUCGAGCAAUGGGGCACCACAAGACCAGGCUGCGUCGACACGAUACCAAUACGAUCCGAAGAAAACAACCGUUGACGUGAGCAGUGACACACCCGAUGGCCAACAGACCAGCUACUCUUAUGGUGCUACAACUUCGUGGGACUCAUGGACCAAGAAGGCAAGCCGCGUGGAGUGGGACUCCGUAUCAGGUGAGAAGCGCCGGUACGAGUAUGAUCCAAUCAGCAACCGUAUGGUGCAGGUAAAAGGCCCGCCUGUAUCUGAAGUGAGGAAGGUUGAGGAUGCGUUGAAAGACUACCCGGCAAGAUCACAGUCGCCACUCAUGUCGCAUGGCUGGCAAUCAGGCUUGGGCAACCCCUCGACGGAGUCAGCUACCGUUGGAGCUCCAGUCAAUGCAGUAAGCGAGACUAAGAAGGCGAUCUCAGUGCCUACGCAGGACAGCAAGGGCCGCAAGACAUCGGUCUAUUUCCCUUCGCUGAUCAACACCUCCGUAGUGGCUAAUGCGCCAAAAGCAGCGUCACUUACGAAGCACGAGAAGUAUCCUGAUUCUUUGACCGCGGCAGACGUGCGCGCAUCUGUAGGGCAAAAGAAAGCCGAGAAGAGUGCUGUUCCCAUACGAACCACAGUCGACACUGAUCGCGCGUAUCGACAUGGAAAGCCAGAUCCUCGCAAAAUGAGUGAGUGGGAGCAGGCAGAACAUCGAGUCAUGCUCAACCAGGAGCUGUACGACGUCACCAAGCAGAAGAUGAAGCUGCUGAAGCAGGAAGUCGGUGCUUUCCAUGUUGAGAAGAUCCAGCGUGAGAUUGCUAGGCUGGAGGAGAAGGCUUCGGCACUGCACAAAGAGCUAGAUACCAUGGAUGCUGUCAACAAGAAGCCGCUGCUUGACAAGUCGGUCUCCAAGCGAGUGCCAAUUGAGCAGAUGGGUUGCAACGAUAUGAUGAUUGCAUCCUUGGAUACUACAAAACUGCCAGCGAGGGCGCAAAGCACUUCUCCAGCCGCAACUCCAGCACCCACAAGACUACAGCCAGCCUUGGACCGCAUGCAGCACAAAUCUACGCCACUAACAGAGGAGCCGGACGAUUCUGCAGCUCACGAGUCAACAGGAGAAUUCGGCGAAUACAAGAGCAACGAAGUCGCAAAACAGCGCGAGGAUCAAGCUGCACUCUUCCAAGCUGACCGCAUUCAGAGGAGACAAGACUUGCAAGACUCUCUGGAGCAGAAGAUUGACGAUCUUCGUGUCUCUGGCGCAAACAUGCUCGAACGAAUGCGCGAAAGGAGAAGUCUGGAGGACCGUGUGCAAGGCGAUGUACUUGGUCGCAAAUCCAGCUCUCGAUGGGUCGAUAUCGCGAGUGCUCGCAAAGCAACGUCAGACGCUAAUGAGGCCGCCGAGAAGUUGGGUGCCGAUGUUCGUGACAUGGAGAAGCGGGCCAGGCUUUUGAAAGCAAAUGCGCUUCUACAAGCCGAGGUCGAAGAACAGAAGAAUCGCAUGAACGCACGUGAACACCAACCCGUCGUGAGUGGGACGAUCUGGAAUACCACUUCGAUCUCUCCCGCCACGGUCCCCCAGCCUGCUCGUGACGAGGUUCAAAGAUGCCAGGAGAAGAUCAAGGAACUCCGGAAGGAGCUUGACAUUGCCUACAGGCAAAGCAGCGAGAACUCCGAAGGUCAUGUAGACACCAUCCGGAAGCUCGAGAAGCGACUGCAAACGACACCGGAGAGCCGCUCAGAGACAUCGGAUGUUGAGAAGAAGAAGUACAUCAAGAAGAUCAAGGCAUUACGCGAAGAGCUGGAUACCACUUUCAAGCAGAGCAGUAUCAAUGCAGAGAUGUUGGUUGAGCGUAUCCGUGAGCUUGAGAAAGAAGUCGAACGUGCGCGCUCUUCUGACAAGCCAGUUGAAGCCGUGCAGGCUGAAGGCGACAUGAGCACCAAUGUUACCAAGUUCGCCAAAGACAGCAGCAAGUGGUACAAGCAGGAUGCAAGUGCUCUCACGCAAGGUUUGCAGCAACUCCAGCCCUCGCUAAAGUCCUUGAACAAUACUCGUGACCAGGCAUUAUCAGAGUACGAUCUGAGAGCUGGCUCGGCAUAUGAACAGAAGGCAAGUCAAGAGAAGCCAGCAGAAUCGGAACCAAAGCCGCACCCAAUCGACCAAGCAUUGGCUGAGUACGAACGAAGAGCCGCACAGAAGAAGCAUGACCAGGCCCUUGUCAAAGAGGUCCGUGACAUUCACGAGAAUAGAUAUGGCAAGAUUGACGUCGAUCACCGCCAAUCGAAUGUCGAUGCGGCACUGGAAGCACACGAGAAGACACAUACUGCCCGGCAAAUCCACUCUGUCGAAGCCGUCGAGCUCGAGGCGAAUACAGACCUGGGCAAUGCUCUUGCAGAACAUGAGACGGGACAGAAGUACAAGUUUCAGCCAGACAACCUCGAAGCUGAGCUCGCCCAGCAAAACAAGGAAUCUCGCGAAGCGGAAUCUAUUAUGGACAAGGAAGUAUACGGUACCAGAAGUGUGGACGCCGAUAUUCAGCACCCGAUUCGCGCCACUACGAUGCCCGGAUUGGAGUGGGAAGAGCCUCCCAUCUACAAGGUGCUCGCCUACGACUCCGGAAACGACUUCCUCGUCACAUCGACGACCUCGACAAACUUCACUGGCAAAGAAACUCCCAUUUCGAUACCCGAAGCUCUAUCGCAGCUCUAUCAGCCCGCACGCUUCAUUCCAGAAUUUGCUGAGCUACAAAAGCAAGGCUUCCAAGUCAUAUAUGGAACGAAAGAUCUUCUCGUAUUCCGCAAAGCCAAGUCGACGACCGAGGCCGCAACCCCUGCUCCUGAAAGCACACCAGCCUUCGAAGACCACGGACUUGUCGCACCUGCUGCAGUCGAGCCCACUGCCGCUGAAUCCGCACCCAAGAUCAAUCCCGUCGACAAAACAGGCUACGAGGAGCCCGCAACAGGCAGUUUCGCCUCUCCAACAGGUUUCGUAGGUGAUCGCUGGGAACACGAAGCCGCACAGAAAGAAGCAGCAGCCGAUGAAGACACCGAAAUCAAACACUACCCACGCGUCACCCGUCAAGAACAAGUUUUCUCUGGAACUCGUCUCAAGAGCAGCAGUAGUAGCACAAAGAAAGAUCGCAGCACCAAGAACGAGGAGAAAGAGCAACGACGCAAAUAUCGAAGUUGGAGACAAAGCGCCAAAUGGGCUCUGUUCUCGGGUCUGGGAGCUGGUACUGUGGCGUAUAGUAUUGGCGCUGCGGCCGAGAGUAGUCGAGAGAAAGAGUAUAAGAGGUGGCAGAAGAUUUUGGCGGAGCAGAGGGCUAUGGGUGGAUUAGGUGCUGAUGGGAAGAGGUUGCAGCAAGGUGGUGGGGUGUUUUGGAGGUGAUGAGUGUACAGAGUUCCUUUUUCUGUUGAUGUUGACUGAUUUUGGAUUUGGUAUGUAUGGGUCUUUCGAGAUGUUGAUGAGCAAGUAAGUAAGCAAGCAGCAUUGAUGAGCAUAUGAGGAUAGAUGGCUUUUAUGGGGUUCAUGAGAAGAAGAAACAAGUAGCACUACACUCCACCAGAUAGUCCUGAUAGAGAGACGACUUGCCACUCCAGAUCUUCCC